AUGACGGAAAAUUUAAAAAUAAUUGUACAAGAAGUCAAUUCCUUGCUUGGAACGGAUUACAAUUUGAUCUCUUUUGACUCUCUUUCGCCUGAAUUGCUGUUGCAAUGUCUCGUCGAUGUUUUUGCUCAUUUUGAUGCCUGUGAAAAGUUCGAAAUUAAGGAUACAGACCCUGAAGAAAGUAAUCGUCGUAUUAUCGAUGCUUUGAGAAAAAUUCAAUAUCGACCCGAAAACGUCGAUUUGUUGAAUUUCAAGACUUUAUUGGUUCAUGGCGAUAAAAAAGUUGUGCACCCGAUAUUGGGAUGGAUUGUCGAAAACAAGGAAAGAGUUAAGAAAACGACAUAUCUCGCAAGAUUUUUAAUACCUUUGAAUUUACCAUCAGAAGCCAUCGCCAUACCCGAAGUCAGCAACAUUUGGAAUCAAUAUCAGUCAAUUAUGGAUGAUUUCAAAGAAGCUCACAAGUCUUAUGAGCAAUCUCGUCAAGAAGGAGCUCAAACACGUGAGUUACGAAGCGAUAUUGGAGCCAUCGAGAUUGAAAUUGAAAAUGUCAAGAAGCGAAUUGAACGCACGCAAGGUCGUUUAGAUAAAGUUCCGCAACAGGAAUUGCUUCUGGAAGCUGCUCACAACUUGCGAAUCGAACGCGAACGUCAAAAAGAGCUUCAAAGUCAAAUCGAUGAACAGAAGCAAGGCCUUCAGAGAUCAAAUGUCGUUCAAGAACGCUUCAAAAAGGAACUUAACAAUGCUCGUCUCGCUGCCCAAGGCGCCUCUCCGCAAAAUUUACUCGAAAGUCUCAUCGAAGAAGUGCAAGUUUUGGAGUUUAUGGUGCAACAAAAACUCCCGCAAGAACUUUUGGCACGUCAAACUGAAGUUCAAAUCUUCGAAGAAGUCCUGAAAGAACCAAAUUUGAGUCGCGAUUACUUGUUUGAGCUCCAAACGCGUGUCGAAGAGAUCAACUCGGAAGUUCAACGCUUGGUCGAAACAAAAAUGAACGAACGCGGAACCCAAAACGACACUCUUGGUCCGUUUCGUCAACAAGCUGCCAUUGUUAUGCGCAAAAAGGAACAAGCAGCAGAAGCCUUGGAUCAAGCCAGCACCGAAUUGCGUGAAAUUGAGGCGCAAUUACAGGAAAAACAGGCCAAAUUGCAAAAUACUGUCGGCGAAACGAUCCUGCGAGGAGACGAUUUAAAGCAAUUUGUCAAUACUUUGCGUGCCAAGAGCAACGUUUACAAGGAACAACGUGCGAAAUUGGCAGCGAUGAGAGCUGAAACGGCAGAUUUGCAACAAACUUUGGCAAAUUUGAAGGCGCAAGAUCCGUCGUUGAAUGUCGCGUUGGCACAGCAUGAAGAUGAAAGUCUUUCGUUGACGGAAUCGAGAGCAGAAUCUCCUUCAGUUGAUGGGCAUGGAAUGACAGAGUUAUCGAGACUCAUUGAUGGGCUGCAACGAGCGAUUCAAGCUUCGAGGGAACGGAUUACGCCGCUUACGCAACAAUUGCGCCCUCUCCGUGAACGUGUGACUGACUUACGAGACGAUCGAGAUUCUAAAAAACAGGCUUUUAAUGCCUUGAGCGCAACAUUGAGUGCUGAACAAGCAACAAUGCAAAGCGAGAUAAAUGAAGCGACGAGAAAUAUCAAAAAGUUGGAGGAGAAUUGGCAAGAUUUGCAAGUUGAGUAUGAAAGGUUGAAUAUGUUGAUGGAAAAUACGAAGAAGAAAGAUGCGCAAGAUACGGUCAGGGAAACGCUUUCGAAGGAAAUUUCGCAGCAGGAAAAGUUGCGGUCGAAAUAUGGAGAGGAAAAAACUUACCUAACUGAGUCUCGUGAAAUUCGUGCUAAACAACAAGAAUUAUGGUCAGAUGUUUGUCGCUUAUUCGAAGUUAAAGCUCGUUGCUUCAAAGAAGCAAAAUCCAAUGGAAUUGGAGGAACAAUGUCUCUCACAAAGGAUGGCGCCGAAACAUUUACUUUACAAUAA